AAAAAGUUGUGGGGUUUUGUUUUGAUUCUCACGUGUAGAUUACAUUAAAAUUUAGUCAAUUUUCAACUAAAAUUUUACCUACUGAAUUUAAAUAUCAUCAGAAAAUAGAAAGCUCUCAAUACAAUGUCUGUAACAAGACGAGUACAGCAAUGGGCAACAUUUGCUCGAACUUGGCAUAUCUACGACUGCACCUGGCAAAAUCCGUUCGAGUCGGCUUCACUGAUCCGAAAGCACCUGAUGGGCAUCCAUAAACCCAUCUAUCAUCCGAUGAAUGAUUGCGGUGACCAUGUCGUAGUUAUUAAUACGGGAGAAGUUGCACUGCCGGGAGAUGAAUGGAAGAAACGAGUAUACUUCCAUCACACCGGAUAUGCUGGCGGCGCUAGCUGGACACUCGCGUGGGAGCUACAUGAAAAGGAUCCAACUAUGAUUAUGAAAAAGGCCAUCUACCGAUCCAUGCACGGCAACCUUCAGCGUCGUCAUACUAUGCAAAGACUGCACCUAUUCAAAGACGAUAACGUCCCGGAGGAGAUUCUGGAAAAUGUUACCAACCAAAUUCGUCAACCCAGACGAGUACCGGAGCGGUUGGACCAGAUGGAUACAGAGCUGGUGAAGAAUUUCCCCAAGAUAAUGGACUAUCCAAAGGAUUACGUUCUCCGGUAGAUUAUCCUAAUCGAAAUAACAUAACUGGUAGGCAAGUAACAUUAAUUUAUUUGAAAGUUAUUUGUACCAUUAUUAAAAACGCUGAUAAUUUUGGAUCCGAAACACCCAGUCCACCAAUUGCUCACAUAAGCAAACUUCCAACGCUCAGGUCCCUUUCGGGUUUCCCCAAACAUUUUCAUACGACAGAUGCGGAGCCGACGGAUACUAGUGUUUCGCAUCCAAUUUUACCUGGCAUUCAUUCCUUAAGAAAC